AUGGCGAAUUUUAUGGAUAAUCCAAUAUUAGAUUUGGAGCCAACAAAUAUACUCCUCGAGCUAGAGAAUUCAAACAGGACUAUUUCCCACUAUCUAUCAGAAGUUCCUGCACGGACUGACUCUCAGCGUGGUGUCAUAACGCCUCUCCGAGAGGUCAUCCCGACAUCGCUAGUAUCGGAAACAAGAUGUCCCCACAUCAGGUUAAUCGAUUUCGGUGUUGAUGACCAUCUAGCGAGGAUUAUUGAAAUCCUUGGCCAAUUUCCGCCUCAAUUUAUAGAAAGACGGAACCGCGCAGCACACUUCUUCGAUAAGCAAGGUAGGCCCACCAGCCUUGAACGUCUGGUUAUUGGCACGACGAUACCAUUUUUGAAACCUAUCAAUAUGCCCGAAGGCAUGCUCGAAAUCGAUAUAGAGUCCCGGAAGCCUGCGGCUGAGCUGCUACAACACGAAUGGAUUCGUCAGUAG